AUGCCAUUUGCUCCGUUUGUAGGAGUUAAUCACCAUGGACAGUCAAUUUUGUUCGGUUGUGGGUUGUUAAGUAAUGAGAACACGGAGACUUUUGUUUGGCUAUUCAAAGAAUGGUUAAGUUCCAUGUCAGAUGUUUCCCCAAAAACGAUAAUAACUGACCAGUGCAGAUCUAUGCAAAAUGCCAUAGAAAUUGUCUUCCCAGAGGCUCGGCAUCGUUGGUGUUUAUGGCAUAUUAUGAAGAAAAUUCCCGAGAAAUUGAGAGGAUAUUCACAAUAUGAGUCCAUUAAGGUUGCUUUCAAUAAUUCAGUUUAUGACUCAUUCACAAUAGAUGAAUUUGAGGAAUACUGGGAAGCAAUGAUUGAAAAUUUCAAUUUGAAUGAUAACGAGUGGUUGGGGAUAUUACACCGUGAGCGACAUAGGUGGAUCCCUGCCUAUGUUAAAGACAUAUUUUGGGCUGACAUGUCAACUACACAACGAAGUGAGAGUAUGAAUGCAUUCUUUGAUGGAUAUGUGAACUCAAAGACAACGUUGAAGCAAUUUGUUGAGCAGUAUGACAAUGCGUUGAGAAGUAAGGUAGAGAAGGAGACAAAAACAGAUUUUAAGUCUCGUAACAAAUUAUAUGAUUGUUUAACGGUGUAUCGUUUUGAGAAGCAAUUUCGUGCAGCUUACACUAAUUCCAAAUUUAAAGAGGUUCAAGUAGAACUGAAGCGUCUAGUGUAUUGUCGUGCAAAUCUUAUCAAACAAGAGGGAGCAGUUUGUACCUAUCAUGUGAGGGAGGCUAUUGUUGUGGGUGAUGGGAUGAAGAAAGUGGAAUUUGUUGUGUACUUUAAUUUAACUAAAUGUGAGCUCCAAUGUAUGUAUCGGUUGUUUGAGUUUAGAGGUAUUAUGUGUGCACAUUCACUUUCUGUGCUCAUUGAGAGAUCCAUAUAUGAGGUGCCGCGAAGUCAACAUUACUAUCGUCCUUCUGUGGAUGCCAUAGCAGACCAUUUCCUUGUCCCCGCACCAGUUACCACAAGUGGGGACGACAUUGGGAGCACAUCUCACCAAGAAGCUGGAAUGGUCAACAAUAUUAGCAGUGAAAGAUCGAUAUCUAUCCCCGGGGUACCCAAAAUCAAAGAUAGUGUUAAUACUGCUACAUGGAUGCCACAGGUCACUGGUUCUUCAGUUGAGGCACAACUUGGUGUGGAUUUUGCAGAAAUCUUUACCAAAUCUGAUUUGUAUCAGUACGUAGAAUAUAACAAUCUAACCUUAAUAGUCCCUCCUGUUGUGUCCUCUGUGCUGAAUGAUCCAUAUGACAGUAUUUUUUAA